GGCCCGGGUCCCUCCCAUCGCUUCGGCCCAUGAAGCGCCCUGCGUCCGCCGGCACGGCCGGCGCGGCCGGCGCCGCGCCGCUGCUGGGCGCCGGGCGCCUGCUGCGGCGGCAAGUGGCGGCGGGGCGCCUGCCGGGGUUCAUGAGCUACGUGCUCCAGGAGGGGCGGCUGAUCCACUUCGAGGCCUGCGGCUUCGCGGACCUCGCGGCGCGCGUGCCGCUGCGCGAGUCGACGCUCUUUCGGCUCUACUCCCAGACCAAGCCCUUCCUAGUGGCGGGGUUUCUGGUGCUUAGGGAGCGGAGCCUCGUGAGCCUCGAGGACCCCGUGGCCAAGUUCUUGCCCGAGUUCCAGAGUGCUGUGGUGGGCCCCGGUAGGAGGCCUUUGAAGCGGGCCAUCCUGGUGCACGACCUUCUGGCGCACACCAGCGGCCUGGGCUUCGGCCCGGGCUUCGGCUAUGCGCCGGAGAACGCCUACGAGUCCACCUACCUGGACCUGGUGAGGCGCGUGGACGGCGGGGAGCUGCGGUCGCUGGGGGAGUGGUGCGCGGCGCUGGCGAAGCUGCCGCUGAGGUUCCAGCCGGGGAAGGACUGGGGCUACGGAUAUAGCUCCGACGUGCUCGGCCGGCUGAUGGAAGUCGUGGCGGGGAUGCCUUUGGACCAGUUCCUCAGAAAGGAGGUGCUGGAGCCCUUGGGCCUCACCGAGACCUUCUUCCAGGUGCCACCCAGCCGGGCCAAAGAUUUGGGGGCGCUGUACAAGCGAGAGCCCUGGCACGGCCAGAGCAGCGCGGUCCACUUCGUCACCUGCGACGCUGGGGGCAGCGGGCGCCUGGCGAGCCCGUCGCAGCGGGUGCGCGCGGAGCCGAAGGUGGACACCUCCACGGUCUUGGCUACGGAGCGCUCGGUGUUUCUGGAGGGCGAGCAGAUCACUUCGGAGGUGAUCCAAGGAGGAGGCUGCGUGUGCUCCGUGGCCGGCGGCCUAGUGAGCAGCCUCCGAGACUGCGGGCGGUUCUUCCAGAUGCUCGCGAACGAGGGGGAGUUGGAUGGCGUGCGGCUGCUGAGCACGGAGAGCGUGCAGCUGCUGCAGAGGGAUUGGCUCAACGACUUCACCUUCGAGAAGCGCCGGCGCCCGCUCUGGGUGUGGAACUGCCCGGGCAUCGGCUUCUCGCCUCUGGGCCAGCUGGGCGUGGCGUGCCCCGGCGCGCGGCGCUCCGUGGGCUCCCAGCUGCGCACGGUGCACUGGGGCGGCGCCGGCGGCUCCGGGUACAUGAUCAACUGGCCAAAUCGGCUGGUGGUUCUCAGCUACACGGGCUGCGUCUUCGACACCGGCACCCAGAAGGUGCUGUGGCGCGCCGCCUUCGGAGCCCUGAGGCGGAGGCGGAAGGCGGCGAAAGCGCGGACAACGGCGAAGGCGAAGACGAAGGCGAAGCUGAAGACGAAGGCGUCCGAGGUGAAGAAGGUGAAGAAGGUGAAGAAGGUGAAGAAGGUGAAGAAGGUGAAGCGGGCUGCCUGAAGGAGGGGGAAGCCGGUUGUGCGGCCAAAGGGCCGCAGAGAUCUGCGGGAGACUCACACUGCGCGCUGGGGGAGUGCGGAGCGGAGUCAGGGGCUUGGGGGCUGGCCCCGAG